UUUAGCUGCAAAAGCCAAAGUGAUCAUGGCUAGUCUUAAGGCUUCUUCACCAUUUUUCUCUUGCUGUUCUUCCUCAGCUUCCUUUAGGAGAACCAGGGUCAGUGCUCUAAUCAGUAACCCAAAUGUUUCAGUUUCUAAGAUCCUGAAUGAUGAGUUCAACAGAAGAAAAGGGUUGAAAACCUUCGAAACAACCAAUCCCCUUGUAGAAAUUAAGCCUGCAGACAAGGAAGAAAUCUCCAAUUCAAUGGUGAUGCGGGAGAUGUAUGCUAUAAUGGAUAUUGUAGCAGAUAGAGCUGAAAUGCACAAGAAUAUUGGAGCACAGCGCGAUAACUGGAACUGGCUUCUGUUGAAUUCUGUCAAUGGGAUGACAGUCACAGCUUCCAUAAUGGCUGGAAUUGCAGCUGUUGGUGGAGGUGGAGGAGCAUCGUUUUUGGCUCUGAAGCUAUCUUCUAGUUUGCUUUACAUGGCAGCAACUGGGGUUUUGGUGGUGAUGAACAAGAUACAGCCAUCUCAGCUGGCUGAAGAACCAAGGAAUGCUUCGAGAUUGUUUAAGAAGCUCCAUGAGGAGAUGAAGACAAACAUUGCUCUUGGAAACCCGGAUUCGGAUGAUGUGAAGGAUGCAAUGGAGAAAGUCUUGGCAUUGGAUAAAGCUUAUCCACUUCCCUUGCUCGGUGCCAUGCUUGAUAAAUUUCUAUCGCUUGUACAGCCAGCUGUGUGGUGGCCAGAAGAGAAGGCUCGACAGGAAAAGCUCGUCAGGAAAGUAGAAAGAAACGGGUGGGAUGAGGAUCUUGAAGAAGAAAUGAAGGAAAUUGUUGGGAUUCUGAAGAGGAAAGACACUGAAGAAUACAUCAGGCUGAGCCAAAUAGUGUUGAAAAUCAAUAAAACUCUAGCUAUAUGUGGCCCCUUUUUCACUGGCAUAGCCGCACUUGGUUCUGCCUUGAUGGGAUCAUCUUUCUGUGGCUCACUUGCUGCAAUUUUGGGUGUAGUGUUCGGAGCUAUGGCGAUUGUUGUUAAUAGUUUGGAGCAUGGUGGGCAGAUUGGUAUGGUAUUUGAAAUGUAUAGGAGCUCUGCAGGAUUCUUUAGGCUGAUGGGAGAGACCAUAGAAUCAACCUUGGGGGAAACAGAAGCUGAUGAGAGGGAAAAUGGAGAAUUGUUUGAAGUGAAAGUGGCUCUUCAGCUAGGGAGAAGUUUGUCAGAGCUCAGAGACCUUGCAGAUGCAUCCCAUCCAGUUCAUUCUUCAACACAUGAAGAGUUUGCAAGCAAGCUCUUUUGAUUCUUCUUUGAAUCCAUUUUUAUCUUCGUUGCCAUGGAAGACUGAAAGCUCUGGUCAGCCAGCCUAUUUCAUGUACAAUUUCUACGUUGAUCGUAUAUGUUCAAAUUGUAAUUAAUUAAAAUAAGAGAGAAAUGGACCCUGUCGAAGCCCAAAUAUGAAUGAGCUUUGUGGAUUUCUUAUAGGCCAAAGUUUUCUUAAGAGAAGCCACAAGCCCAGAAGGUAAAAGGGGUUGGCAGACAGAUAGACUCUGCCCAAGCCCAUAUAUAUAAUUUAUCAGGCAUUAAUGGGCUUUAAUUCUUCAACCCUAUGUCCAAUUCAGUAGAACACUUGUAAACCAAUAAGCUUUGCUGAUUUCUUAGCAGCCCAAGUUUCCUUUGGAGUUAGUACGAGGAUAAGGAGAUGGACUAUGAUGUCCAAGCCCAUAUUAGUUCUUGAAACAAACUCAAGUCCAGCCCAAGUUAUGUCAUGAGAAAGAAAGGAUGGGUAUAGAUCUAUCUCAAAGCCCAAAUACAAUAUGAUCAGGCUUUAGUUCUUCAACUUAAG